UGGCGAGUUAGUGUUGAAAACAUAAUGGCGCGGGUGUUUUGAAAACCAAAAUAAAUCGAUAAAUUUUUACAAAAAAUCAUAAUAAAAUAAGAUGCGAGUGAUUAAAAUACACAAAAGCAUUUGUUAAUGGCAAAAAAACAUAAAAAUUUUUACUAAUAACAACAGUAAAUUCCCACACUUGGAAAAAUGUGAUUUGACAAAUCGUAAAAUUCGAAAAUAACAACAGAAAACGUGAAAAGUUUAAAAUAAGAAUUUAUGGUAUAAAAAAAGCAAAAAAAAAAUCAAAAAAGAAAACCUAAAUAAUAACAAAAUGUUAUACGGUUUAAUAAAUUUAACCUGGUUUGAUUUGAUCACCGUGGGCUUUACGGUCAUCGUGGUGGUAGUAGUGCAAAUUUUAAAUGCUCUAUGGUCCUUGCAAGAGAGCAAGGGCAUUGAUUGCAUCGAUAAAUCGCUGGUCAGUGAUGACAAUGUGACAAAAUCUUUAAAAAUAAAUGAUGCUACUACCAAGUCAGUGGCCUCCCCAUCGUUGAUGGGGGGCACGGCAGCGGCGGCGGCAAGUUUUGAUAGAACAUCAACAGCAACGCCACCGGGCACACCAACAGCAGCGGUGGCUGCCUCAACAAAUGGCAAAUUGCAAAAACAACAGAGUGAACAAUGUGAAAACGGUUCAUCUAGUUCAGCGUCUGCCACCACUUUAGUAUCGUCCGCAUCAUUGUCGUCAUCCUCAUCAGCAUUGCCAUCAGCUCCAUCCUCGCAAUAUGCCACAUUGUCACUCCGUCAUUCGGUGGGCAGCAUCUUCAAUGGUAAUACCGGCAUAAGCCUACCCAGUUUUGCCACCGCCAUAACAUCCUGUUAUCCCGAUAACUUGAGUGAUGAAUACCAUGAAGAUGAGGAUACCAUCUCUUUGGAAAAUCUCCUACCUUGCGAUCAUACCGAAAUCUAUUCGUCGCGUAAAAUCAGCUACAUUAUCGAUGAACUAUUGCAGACCGAGGGCAAUUAUAUAAACAAUUUGAAAAGGGGCAUGGAGAACUAUGGCAACUUGGACAAAUAUGACAAAUUGCCAGAAACCCUAAAGGGUGUAGGUAUACAGCAACAGCUGUUGGGCAAUAUUGGAGAAAUUCUGGACUUGCAUGAGAAACAAAUUCUGCCUUUGAUGCUGGGUAAUCAGAGGGACUUGAAGACCAUGUUUGAUGAGAUGAGCUCAUAUAUUGAGAAGAACAAUUUCUAUUGCUAUGUAACAUUUACGAUGCACAAAAAGACAUCAAUGCAGCUGCGCAAAGACAAUCGGGAAUGGUUUCAAAAUUAUCAGAUUGAAAUCAAUGAUCGUCUGGGAAUUGAUAGUUUUUUGGUGCAACCUAUACAAAGACUGACUAGAUAUCCACUACUAUUGCAGCAAUUCAUUUCAGAAUUCUACAAAAGUGGCAUAAACUGCAAACCUGUUUUGGUUUCAGUUUGUAAAUUAGAAACUCGCCUGCGCAGACUCUUAGAAGUAGUUAAUCAAUCCGAAGAAGUUUUCAAUAUAGAUGAACUGCCUGCCGAGCUUACACCUCAUCUCUUUGGCGCAUUUCGUCGUUCCACCGAAUUUGAAGCCUACAGUUGCCGUUCUCGCAAAAAGUUCAAAGCCAAGGUGUUUCUAUUCGAUCAAUUCUUGGUCUGUGUAGAGAUACGUAAACGCCGUUUGGCCUAUCGCAAUCACUACAGUUGGCGUAGCAUAGAAUUGAAACUGAAUUCUUCCAAAAGUGUAUCGCUGCUCUUAAAAGCUGCCUCUGGAGCUGGCUCCAUAGACAGAUCAUCACCGCUGUCCUCCACCAGCAGUAGCGGGGGUAGUGGCAAAAAUUCCCGUGAUAAUUCCAUCAAGGAAGAAUAUGAGUUCGCGGCACCUGAAGCCAUUUCGGUAACCCAAUGGAUACGCAGUGCCCGCAAAAUAUUUGAAAAUGCCCGCAUUGAAGAAUCACAGCGUGGUAAAUUCUCACUGCCCAUGGAUUUGGUACUGGCUGCCGUUUUUGCCAUUUGGUUUAUAUGGCAGUAUUUGUAGGGCAUGGAGUAGCAGCAGUUAUCUUGUCUUUUAUUUUGUAAUUAUUGAUUUUUUUGUUUCAUAUUUUUCAUUUGCUUUAUACUCUAAGUUCUAUGUACUCAAAACUCAGUUUAAAUUAUUAGAAAUUACAUUGUCAUACUUAUUGCGUAAGAUUAAA